AGGAAAACGCCCGAGCAUGCCGAGCGGGCAGAGCUUGAGCCUCUACCUGCGAAAGCAGCGCCUUUGCCUGGCCUUUCUGCUCCUGCAUCUCCUGGGCCAGGUCGUGUUGGCUCAGCACUGCCCUUCCCCGUGCCCGGACCGGUGUCCCGCGGCGCCGCCAUCCUGCGCUCCCGGGGUGCCCGCCGUGCUGGACGGCUGCUCCUGUUGCCUGGUGUGCGCCCGCCAGCGCGGCGAGAGCUGCUCGGAGCUGGAGCCGUGCGAGGAGAGCAGCGGCCUCUACUGUGACCGCAGCGCCGAUCCCCGCACCCAAACCGGCAUCUGCAUGGUGCUAGAAGGAGACAACUGUGUGUUCGACGGGGUCAUUUACCGCAGUGGAGAGACCUUCCAGCCAAGUUGCAAAUACCAGUGCACCUGCAGAGAUGGGCAGAUUGGCUGUGUGCCCCGCUGCAACCAUGACCUGCUCUUGCCCCGGCCUGACUGCCCAGCUCCAAGAAAAGUUGAGGUGCCAGGGGAGUGCUGUGAAAAGUGGAUCUGUGACCCCGAGGAUGAGGGGGGAUUGGGAGGCCUCGCCCUACCAGCCUACAGACCAGAGGUCACCCUAGGAGUUGAAGUCUCUGACUCGAGUAUCAACUGCAUUGAACAGACCACAGAGUGGAGCGCUUGUUCCAGGAGCUGCGGCAUGGGCUUGUCCACUAGGGUUACCAACAGGAAUCCGCAGUGUGAGAUGGUGAAGCAGACUCAGCUCUGCUUGGUGCGACCCUGUGAACAAGAGCCUGAGCAACCAACAGAGAAGAAAGGAAAAAAGUGUCUCCGUACCAAGAAGUCACUCAAAGCCAUUCACCUGCAGUUCAAGAACUGCACCAGCCUGCACACCUACAAGCCCAGGUUCUGUGGGGUCUGUAGUGAUGGCCGAUGCUGCACCCCACACAACACCAAAACCAUCCAGGUUGAGUUCCAGUGCUCUCCAGGGCAAAUCGUCAAGAAACCAGUGAUGGUCAUCGGGACCUGUGCCUGUCACACCAACUGCCCUCAGAACAAUGAAGCUUUCCUCCAAGAUCUGGACCUCAACACCAGUAGAGGAGAAAUGUAA